AUGAAGAACCCCAGUGAGAUAGAACCACCAGCAACGGAUGAAGAACCCAGUGAGAUAGAACCCCCAGCCACUGAUGAAGAACCCAAUGAGAUUGAACCACCAGCCACUGAUGAAGAACACAAUGAGGGUAGAACCACCAGCAACUGAUGAAGAACACAGAGAGGUAGAACCAUCAGCUAUUGAUGAAGAACCCAGUGAGAUAGAACCACCCUACCCAAUCACUGAUGAUGAACCCAGUGAGAUGGAACCAGUUUAUCUAGCACCUGAUGAAACCAGAGGGGAGACAGCCAGAGUCAGAAAAAAACAACUCUCUUUCAUCUACCAACACAAACUACUGUCCCCAAACACAACUGAACAGCAGCUACCACUGCUUCAGCCAUCACCCUCCUCUACAGUCAUGACCUCCAUUAGAAGAAACUACCACUAUAACUAUUCCUACAACUACUACAACCACUAUUCCCACAACUACUACCACUAUUCCUACAACUACAACUACUAUUACUUCAAACCACUAUUCCCACAACUACUACCACUAAUUCCCACAACUUCUACACUAUUCCCACAACUACUAUCACUAUUCCCAAACUACUACCACUAUUCCACAACUCUACCACUAUUCCCACAACUUCUACCACUAUUCCCACAACUACUAUCACUAUUCCCACAACUACUACCACUAUUCCCACAACUACUACCACUAUCCCACAACUACUACCACUAUUCCUACAACUACUAUUCCCACUACUACUACUACUACUACCACUCCUACUACUACAACAGUCUGGAGGAAUCCAGGGGUAAACCGGGCAAUCCCAGACUCACAUGGCAGUCGCUACUUAAAACCCCCCCCAGACCUACCACCAAGCUACCCCACCUACCCCGCCCCCCACCUUACCCACCUACCCACAACACCUUAUCACUAGGCCUGACCCAGUCAGACUCCACCCCCUAUAAAACACGCACCCUCUCUCCCCACACCCUGUCAACCCCAAACUCUUCUCCCAGACAUUUUAGAGACCCCUUCCUCUGAGUCCCCACCACAAGAGCUCCCUCGAGCCCCCCCAAGACCUCCCCACCCACCACAGACCCUCAGGCCGGCUCAACACUGGCUCUACUCCUCCUCGUUCCCCACCCCUCUCUCCAGACCGUAGUGUGACUGCCCAACGCUCCCCUCAGACCACUGUCCUGCGUGUCAGGCCCCGUAUCACUCCCCCCCAUGUGCGCCCCAUGUCUGUCCCCAGCUGAGAGUGACGCCCUCCUGCCAUGCGAGGCCAUUGGACAGCCUCCUCCAACCAUCACCUGGAUCAAGGUCUCCACAGGUACGCCACACACUCUACUCUCAGUUCUACACACAAUACAUGCUACUGUCACUCACAUACACACAAUAUGUACUUUGUCAUACAUACACCUUACUCAACUACACUCACUACUGUCCCUCAUACACACAAUAUGUACUUUGUCAUACAUACAACCUUACUCAAUACACUCACUACUGUCACUUAUACACACAAUAUGUACUUUGUCAUACAUACACCUUACUCAAUAACACUCACUACUGUCACUCAUACACACCACUAUGUACUUUGUCAUACAUACACCUUACUCAAUACAUUCACUACUGUCACUCAUACACACCAAUAUGCCACUCAAUAUGUAUUUCUGUCUGCCCCAGGAGCUGUGAUGUCACUGGACUCCAAGGCAGAGCGUUUUCCAGGUCCUACCCAACGGAACCUUUUUCAUCCAGAGCGUGCAGGUCCAGGACCGGGGGACAUAUAUCUGCAGCGCACAGAACUCUGUGGGCCUUGACCGCGCCAUGGUGACCCUGGAGGUCUGGUCCCGCCCACCACGCAUUCAGCUACCCACUCACAGAGAGGCCACAGUGCACCAGGGGGGCGAGGUGAGGUUGGAGUGUCGUGCUCAGGGGGUGCCUGUCCCUCUGCUGUCCUGGGUACUACCUGACCGCUCCGUUCUGACCCCCAACCUAACUCCAACCCCUGCCAUGGCCCUCACCCCCGGGUGUCUAUAUUCCCUAAUGGUACUCUGCGUAUCGUGGCUGUCGGCCCAGCAGACAGAGGACUGUAUCGCUGUGUAGCCUCCAACCCAGCAGGGGCAAGCAGUCUGUCAGUCCGACUCCAUGUCUCAUCCCUGCCUCCAGCCAUCCAGCAGCCCAGAGAGGAGAGGGUAACCCAGCCCGCUGGCAUGCCUGUCUACGCCCACUGCUCUGCCCGGGGAGCCCCCGCUCCCUCCAUCCGCUGGAGGACCCCUGACGGCACCCUGCUGCUCCCCUCUCAAUUCCUCAACGGGAACCUGUUUGUCCUCCCCAACGCCACCUUGCUGAUACGCAAGCUUGCCACUAAGGACUCUGGGAGCUACGAGUGCCUGGCGACUAAUGCAGUGGGCGGGGAUAAGAGGACGGUGAGGGUGGAGGUUGACUGGAGAUGAACGAGGAGGAGUUGUCUCCACAGAUAAAAACUAACAUCCUCCUCUUCCAUUAACAGUAACUCUGAACCUGACCCCCUCCUCAGCCAUUCUUAACCCUCCUCUCCGGUCCUCCUCCCCCCUCAGUAAGGCUAAGAUCCUCUCCACCUCUCCAUCCAGUUCUAUAGUCGUAUAUGGUGAAACUCUGCUCCUUCACUGUUCAGCAACCGGCAACCCAGAGCCUAGAGUAGUCUGGAGGACACCUGGCAAGAAACUAGUGGAUGCCCACUACAGGUGUGUGCUUGUCCAUAUUGAUUACUGAUCUGUUUAAUCUAGUCUGUCUCUGUUGUAUUGAUUGAUUGUCUGUGUCUUGUGCUGAUGUAUCUAACUUAUCCUCUCUGUGUUGUAUUUCCAGUUUUGACAAGAGGAUGAAGGUACACAGUAAUGGAACCCUGUAUAUCCAGUCGGUGACAGAGAAAGAUGGGGGGGGACUAUUUAUGUGUCGCACGAAACUAAAAUGGCUGACGACUACCGCCUCCUCCGUGUCACUGUGGUCACAAAGCCCACAAAGCCCGCUAAGAUUGAGCCAAAGCAGCCGUUCAAUCAGAAGGUUGGUGUCGUAUGGAGCAGCUUUAAAGGUAGACUGUCUGGGCGACCGGGCAGCCCGACCCCGCAGUGAGAUGGAGCCUACCGGACGGAACCUCAGUGAAACAGCAUCUGUUGCAAGGGGACGAGAGAGGGGGACGGAGGAGGGCGGCUGGUGGUGUUUGACAACGGGACUCUGUACCUCCCCUCAGUGGGGAUGGGGGAGGAGGGGAGUAUGUCUGCCACGCUGAGAACCAGGUGGGGGAAGAGACUCCAUGAGGGUGAUGAUCAAAGUCCUCGCCUCACCCCCUUCCUUCCCUAGAACCAGAUAUGAGGUCAUCAAGGUGGCAACAAGGGGGGCGGGUGGCUCUGAACUGUGGGGCCAAAGGAGAGCCCAUCCCUACAGUCACAUGGUUCUCUCCAAUCAAUCGUGUCAUCCCUGUGGGGGGGUCCGGUCCAGUUGUAGUGCCGGCCAGAUGGCUCCUUGGUGAUCCAGGGGCUAGAGGGGGCUGACGGAGGAAACUAACACCUGCCGAGCCAGCAACACUACUGGGGAGAGGAGAAGGGUGAUGGGGGUGGAGGUGAUGGUGACCCCAUCCAGCUUCACUCUUAAUGGGACUAGGGGUGGACUCGAUGGGACAGACAGACAGACAGCUGUUGUUAGUGGUAGUGGAGUCAGUGCUGGGAUCACCAUCAGUCAGUCUGCAGGGAGGGUUCAGUCAGUCAGUAUUGGUAAUGGUGUCAGUAGUGGUAAUGGUGUCAUUAAUAAUGAAGUCAGUCAUAAUGGAGUUAGCAAUGUAGGGGACCAGAGGGUCUCAGCAGUAAGAGGCCAGACAGUUAUUUGCCCUGUCCAUCCCAGGGCUUCCCUCCACCCCGCCCGGCCUGGUUGCUGCCUGGUAACGGGGUUCUCCCGGCGCCUUACUACGGCAGCAGACUCACCGUGCACCGCAACGGAACCCUGGAGCUGCGGGGGGUGAGGGCAAGCGAUGCUGGCAUGCUGGUGUGUGUCGCUCGUGGUGAGAGGGGCGAGGCUCGGAUCAUGGUAAAUCUGGAGGUCAUAGACACACAGGACACACCUCGCUCCAGAGGCCCAGUGACCACAGAGAAACCUCGCCCAGUAGGCCCAGUCGCAACAGAGAAACCUCACCCAUUAGGCCCAGUUAGCACAGAGAAACCUAGCUCAGGAGUCACAGUUACAGAGGAGACAUCUCGACCUAGAGGUCCAGUAACCACAGAGAAAUCUCGCCAGGAGACACCUCACCCGAGAGGCCCAGUCACUACUGAGAAACCUCACUUGGGAGGCCGAGUCAGCACAAAGAAACCUCGCCCAGUAGGCGGGGAUAAGAGGACAGUACCAGGAGUCCCAUUCCGAGGGGGACACACCUCGCCCAAGAGGCCCAGUGCCAGAGCAGCGAGGAGUGUCAUCCUGGAGAGGAAGCCUGUGGUCGUCAGCAGAUCAGCUUCUCUGGUCAGCAUCAUAAGCGGAGAGAAUCUACGGCUACCCUGCCCCAGACAGACAGCCCCAGUCAGAGUUCCAGCCAGACUCAGCCUUUGACCUGGACGUUGCCCAGCGGGGUGGUCGUGUCUCGGGGCCAGACGGCAGGGACGGGUCAGUACUCAGUCCUGGAUGACGGGACUCUGACGGUGCAGCAGGCGUCUGUGUUCGACAGGGGGACCUACUCCUGUCGAUCCACCAAUCAGAACAUGUUGUCUAUCCUGACAGUUCCAGUGAUUGUCAUCGCCUACCCCCCCCGCAUCACCAACGGCCCCCCUCCCCUCACCUACACCCGGCCCGGAGUUGCUGUGCAGCUCACCUGCUACGUCAUAGCAACCCCCCAAGCGAACCAUCACCUGGGAAAUGCCGGACCAAUCCCAGCUAAGGGUCACAGGUCAGGCCCGUCUCUAUGGCAACCGGUACCUGAGCCCCCAGGGUUCCCUGGUAAUCCAGAACCCGACCAGCAGAGACACUGGGUUCUAACCGCUGUACUGCACGAACGUCAUUGGAACCGACACCAAGGCCACUUAUCUACAUGUGAUCUAACAGAACACACACAGUGAGAACCUGGUCCUGCUUAUCCUCGUGUCUGGAGGAGACCACACACACACCACACACACACACACACACACACACCACACACACACACACACACACACACACACACACACACACCACACACACCCACCCAAACACCGCACCCCACAAAGCACACACCCCACUUUUUUCCCUAAGAAAUGCAAAGUUAAAUACCGAAAAUCCCGUUUAAACCCAAAACGUAAAAGAUUGUAAAUUGAGAAUAUAAAACCAAAAGCAUUUACAGCCAUUUGUGGGUUUUGCAUCUAACCCUCCAGAGUGUUUUUUUGCAUUUAAAGCCAAAAGUGUGUUAUUCAAACUAACUUCAGAGUUGGGUUUUUGAAACUUACAACCCCGGGGUGUUAGCAUUUUCAGCCAGAGUGUUUUUAUGCAUUUUUACAAACCAUAGUGUGUUUAAAGUCUUCAGCCCUAGUGUGUUAAGCAUCUAACAUCCCUAGUGGGUUUGAAUUAACAUCCCCUAGGGGUUAGGGUCAACCAUCCGAGUGUUUAUGCAUUUUACAGCCGAGGGUGUUUUUUUAUUUACAGCCCCUUUUUGUUUUUAUGCACUAACAUCCAGAGGGUGUUAUGCAUUUACAGCCCCGAGUUUUGUUAUUCAUCCUUUUCGCCAAGUGUGUUAUGCCUUACAGCCCUGUGGGGGUUUUGAUCUAACCCCCAUGUGUGUUUUUCAUCUUACCCCAGAGGGUGUUAUUAUCCUUACGAAAAAGUGGGGUUUAUUCCUUUCAGCCAUAGGUGAUGGUCUAACAUCCGGGGUUAUGCAUCUUACAGCCAGAGUGUGUUAUCAUUUUUCCCAGCCAUAGGGGUGUUAAAGCUCAAACAUCCAUAUUUGUGUUAUGCAUCUUAAAAGCCAAGGGUUUUAUAUCUUACAGCCAUAGUGUGUUUAUGCAUUUUACACCAAUGUGUUUGCCUAACCAGAGGUGUUAUCAUUUUAAACAGCCAGAGGGUGUUAUUUUUUAAAAAGCCAUAGUGUGUAAUGCAUCUUACACCAUAGUGUGGUUAAGCAUCUAACUCCAUAGUGUUUUAUGCAUCACAUCCAUGUUGUUAGCAUCUAACAUCCAGAGUGUGUUAUGCAUCUUACAGCCAGAGGGUGUUAUUUAUCUUACAGCCAUAGUGUGUUAUGCAUCUAACAUCCAGAGUGUGUUAUGCAUCUUACAGCCAGAGUGUGUUAUGCAUCUUACAGCCAGAGUGUGUUAUGCAUCUUACAGCCAUAGUGUGUUAUGCAUCUUACAGCCAUAGUGUGUUAUGCAUCUAACAUCCAGAGUGUGUUAUGCAUCUUACAGCCAGAGGGUGUUAUUUAUCUUACAGCCAGAGUGUGUUAUGCAUCUUACAGCCAGAGUGUGGUAUGCAUCUUACAGCAAUAGUGGAGUUGUAAAAGCAAUGAGCAGCUCUGAGAAGCAACGUCAUCAUUCAGCAACAAUAAAUAUUGUCAACAUCACAGACUAUAUCAGGGAGUAAAAUCAUCAGCUGUUGCAAUACACAUCAUGCAAGACAACAUAUUCAGCUCUGUAUUACAACCUUUAUGAACUUUUACCUCCAUAAUAUCUAAAGUGGCCUUAUGAGUCCCGUGUAUAGUUGUGUAUUUAUGAGCAGAACAAAUGUUUGAUAGUAGUCACAGAACUCCUCCAAUGAUAGUUCUGUGGAGCCACAGGAGGCUGCAGCACUCUGUGUCUGCAGCUCUCUGUGUCUGCAGCACUCUGUGUCUGCAGCUCUCUGUGUCUGCAGCGCUCUGUGUCUGCAGCGCUCUGUGUCUGCAGCUCUCCAACCCUGCAGGCUCGAUCACUCUUCCAGCCAUUUAG